AUGCCAUAUCAGUCGCCCUGGAAAGAGCUCGAUCGAGAAGUCGAAACUCUGCGGAAUAAUCCGAGCGGUUGCUUGGGAGUGGACGUUGGUGGGGGCGAAGGCAACGACGGCUGGUACGGCGGGAAAAUUCAUUUCACCGGAAAAAUGAGGGAAGACGGGCAUAUCGUCCUACAGCGUCCGGAGCUUGGUCCGUCUUGUCGAUUCACAAGGAAGUAUGGAUCUGCGAGCCUAGUCCGCAUCAAGGUGCCUCAGAAACUUGUAGGCGACAAGCUGCGGGAAUACUGCAAGCGUCCCUUCGUCAUCCUGGGCCGCGUCUUCCGUGCCUUCUACGAAAAGGACCUCACGGUUUUCUUGAUGCAGACAGAUGAAGUGCUGUCUUCCGAUCAGAACAGUGUGUUAAUACAGAAGAGUGAUGGACGGUCAAUCUCCCAUUUCAUCAACUGGCACAAUCCGAUCUUUCAGAACCGAGAACAGACUAUGGCCAAAUGGGCAGCCCGUCAGGCCCUAGCGCUUUCCAACUCAGUCCCGGGCGUUCUCUUCAAGAAGGAAAAUAUCUUCGACAUCCCAGACGAAAGUGACGAGAUGAUAAUGACUGAUGGGUGCGGCUUUGUCAAUCGCACUGUACUCAAUACAUUACGAAAGCGGCAUGGUUGGCACACCACACCCACAGCUAUCCAGGGUCGUCUAGCAGGAGCCAAAGGUCUCUUUCUGGUCCAUCCUACGGAUGACGAUCCAGAACCGAAAGCAUGGAUCCGGCCGUCCCAGGUUAAAAUCAAAUAUACUGAGGAGCAAAUGUCGGACCCGGCUCUGAGGACUCUCGACGUUUUGAGGGCGUCUCACAUGAAGACCCCCGGGCGCCUGUCCGCUGAAAUCAUCAUCAACCUUUCUCAUAAUGGUGUCCGUCCUAAAGUCUUCAUCGAGCUGAUGGCUGCUGGCUUGGAGGAGCGGGUGCGGGCUCUCACCGACUGGGAAGGUCCCGAUGGCCCCUUCAAUGUGUGGUGCGCAGUUGCCAGUGCCGGCAACGUGUUUAACGCUCGCGCUGCUCGAGAAGCGGCCGGUGAGGCCCGAGUGAACGGAUAUAGGGAUAAGGAUGAUGAUGACGCCGACGAUGACGAUGAUGAAGAACUCAUUGAUAUUGAAGUUGCCGUCAAUGGCCGCUCAUCGGCCUGGUGGGCUGAUCAUAUUAGUGGUUGUCCGUCAUCCUUGGAGGAGACAUGCAUGGUUCUCAUUGAUGCCGGGUUCACACCCGACACAUGCUGGGUACUUCAAGCCAAGCUCCGGGAGGUCAUAAAAUCAAAGAUCAAGACAUAUGUGAGCAAGUAUAACUUUGAGGUAUUCAUGUCAUGCACCGCCUUUAUUGUCCCAGAUCCUGUGGGUGUCUUAGAGGCUGGUGAAAUACAGAUCCUCUGUUCAGACCGAGUAAUGAAGCCAAGCGAUGGGAGCGAUGAACUGACAAAUGUUAUCAUAGGUGACGUUGUGGUCGGGCGGAAUCCGUGCAAGCUCCCGACUGACGUGCAAAAGGUUAGAGCAGUCCAGAAAGACGAAUUAAGGGAGUACAGAGAUGUGAUAGUGUUCAGCACGAAGGGUGAUCGCUCGCUAGCUUCCAAACUCGGAGGUGGUGACUACGAUGGCGACAAGGUGCUCGCUAUAUGGCAACCUGAGAUCACGAACAGCUUUCAAAAUGCGGAUCCCAAAUUCCUGGAUCCCGCCGCUGAAGUUAAAGAGUGGAUUUCCAAAGACCCGACCACCGUAUCGGAUAUCCUUGAAGGCAGUACCCGGACAUCCCUGGAUCAUUUUAUCAGGGGGCAGCAGGACUUCCUCCUGAUGGGCCUCAGGACUUUACCGCUAGUCGGAAUCUAUUCGACUAUGCACGAUUAUGCAGCAUACAUGAAGGGGUAUGAUGCCGAGGAGACUGUUGCUUUGGCUCAUAUGUCUUGUAUUGUCUUGGAUGGUACGAAAACUGGGCUCACGGUGAAGAGUGAGGUGUAUGCUCGGCACGAAAACCUGUAUCGGAAGGGAAAGCGGGCACCGUUCUGGAGAGAGGAGCAGAAAAAGGACACAGAGAAGGAGAAACUCAUUCCCGCGAACGAGGCCCAUCCCAAGCGUCCGGAGGCAUUGCAGAACUUCGUUAUGGACCGGAUAUUGGACGCUAGUCGCCAAGAACGUGACAAAUGGCUCAGAUAUCUGGAUGAACACAUGCCCGAACCCGCUUUCACCGACAAGGAUCUGGAGGAACCUUUGCGAGAUGCGCGUCGACGAGCCCAGAAUCGCAUGGAGAAAGGUUGUCAUGACCUGCACGACGACCUUCAACUUAUCGAGCAUCACGUCGAACGUAUUUGGCGAGAAAGGCCGACCAGAGGCAAUUCGGAGAAGAGCGGAAACAAGGAGGGCGGCGCUUCUUUCACGGGUCUGGGCAUAGAGCAGCGCCAGGACAAGCUCCGAGAAUUAUCGAGGAAAUUUGUUACCGAGCUCACUGCUGAAGACAUGUAUCUCAUCGGGAAAUGGGAGUUGGAGGAACUGAAGGCGUCUUGCGCAUACUCCAUUGCACCAAGGAACCGGUUCCCAUUCGACGUUGCGACGCGUCACCUAUGUGCUAUCAAAGCAAGAAGCCUCGGACCUUACAAGGUCGUUACCCAAAACUUUUACGAACGCUUCCGAAUCCACAAGUCCUUCGCGCAAAGGUAUGGACGUUCGUAA